AUGGUUGGCCUUUGCCGGAAGAAGUCAUUUACAAACCACCAACGCACGGCAACGGAUGAUCUGUGGGACAGCUGGGCACGGAUCACAGAUGAUCAUGGCUGGUCCAGGGAGGCUAUGGAAAAGUAUUGGCUCAAGUCGUCGCGUCUCGUGAGCCCGGCCGGCGGACACGAUACUACGGACCAGGAAGAUCCUUCUAUCCAUGGGAAUGGCCCCGUUCAAGUCAGCGUGGGAGGUUUCCCAACAGAGCUUGAUGGACGUGUCGUUGAUGCAAGCAAGAAGCUUGGCGGUCGGUUCCCAUAUACCGUGGACCUAAAUGCUGGUCAAUUCAUGGGAGUCAGCUACAUGCAAUCUUCUGUUGUGUUGGGGGGAAGUAGCAUGAAUCCAAGCCAAGAAAGAGAUAACCUAGAUAUCCUCAUAAACACCCACAUCACAAAAUUAAUCCAGACAGGCGGCCGAGGUUGGAGAAAGCCAGAAUUUCGAGCAAUACAAGUGGCACAGAACAGUGAAGAUACACCCGUCCAGAUCACUGCCCGGAAAGAGAUAUUGCUUUGUGCCGGUGUCUUCGGUACACCUCAACUUCUCUUACUCUCUGGAAUCGGUCCAAGGAGGGAUUUGAAGUCUCUUGGCAUUCCUCCCGUCCUUGAACUGUCAGAUGUCGGACAGCAUCUCGUAGAUCACCCUGCUGUCUCCAUUUAUUACGCUGUCAACUCGAACAGCACUUUCGACAGGUAUCUGCGAAACAACACCCUGUUUGCGGAGGAAUUAAGACAUUGGGAGCAAACGCGUCAAGGACUUUGUCCAGAUGCGGGGCAUUUAGAAAUGAUUUUUAUCAACGGGUUUGCUCAAUUCGGACCUUUGCCUCAGCCCGAAACCGGAAACUUUCUUACCGUUCUGGCUGGCGUUGUUACGCCGCUCUCUGGAGGAUAUGUGACUAUCAACUCUACCAACCCUUUUGAUGACCUACUUAUCGACCCGGCCUUUAUGACGAGCCCAUUUGACCACUACGCGAUAGUACAAGUCAUCAAAGAUGCUCAAGAGUUUUUAGCUUUGUCUCCAUGGAAUGGGUUCGUGUUGGAUGCUUACGGCGAUCUACGUAACGCCACUACCGAUGAUGCCAAAUUGGAGUACGUGAGGGCCUAUGGGUCAAACAUCAACCAUCCUAUUGGAACGGCGCGAAUGUCGCCGAGAAAAGCGAAAUGGGGAGUCGUUGACCAAGAGCUGCUGCUGAAGGGAGCUGAAGGUAUUAGAAUCGUUGACGCGUCCGUUUUCCCGAGUAUUCCUGAAUGUCACAUUCAAGGCACCUGUGUAUAUGAUUGCCGAGAGCAGCAGGACCUCAUCAAGGAUCGAUAUCAUCUGUGAAUUGCGACUAGGUACUUGAACGACUGUUGUUUAUCAGCUGUAUUCACUCGUUUCUGCUAUACUUGCUCAAUGCUUUGAGACUGACAAAAAUUUGAUGUCCAUUCGGCUUCCUGCAAAUACGACUGCCGCU